AAGAAGAACAACCCGUGUAAAAAAAACAUUAACAUCCGGCGGCAUCAUCUUCUCUGUGAACGUUUAGUUAGCUAGUUGUGCCUCGUAUUUUAUUUUUGUUCAUUUUACACAGCGACAAAAAUGCCAACACUGUGUUCAGCAUACAACUGCAAAAAUCGCGGUCCCAAAGCUGAUGUAGGAUUUUUUAGUUUCCCCAAAAAUGACCCUGAAAGACGCAAGCGAUGGAUUAUUAAUAUGAAGUGGAAAGACUGGAAUCCGCAACACCACCACCGUGUGUGCUCCAUUCACUUUGAAGACAAGUACAUUUGCCGGAUGGACAAACGUCAACGUCUCACGCCAGACGCAGUCCCGACCAUUUUUGACUUCCCAGAGAACUUUCAAAAGAAGAAGGCAUCCAUCCACCCACAGAGUAGAAGAGCCAGGAGUGAUGGGUUGCCAGAGAAGUAUACUGCUGCCUAUGCUGUUACAGUGGCUGAACCGGUCACAACACCAAGCCCCACCAUCACAUCAGAGACGAGCAAGCUGGCUAAAGACAAUACUAAAGCUCCAGAAAAAGUUACCUCUUCAAGUUGGUAUAUCCAUGUAGAUGAAGAAAUCCAAAUGGCUGAAUCCCUCCCAGGUUUCUUCCACAGUGAUUACUGUCUACCACACAGUAUUCGCUGGGGAUUCAAAGAUGAUGUUGCCCCGAAGGUGGCAUGUGAGAACAUGGAGUUUCAACUUCCACCCCUCAAGCACAUAAUAGAGAUCACAGAGGCAUGGGAGUGGCUGGGUAUGGACAUUAGAGGGCCACUGCCCCUAACACCGAACGGACACCAGUACGUUCUGACCUUGACAGACUUCUACUCCAAAUGGGUGGAGGCCUUCCCCCUGAGAGGUUGUAGCUCUACUGAGGUAGCGCAGCAUGUCGCUGAAGUCAUCUCUCACUUUGGCUUCCCUUUUGGAAUCCUUGUUCGACUAAAGAGGAAGUUUACCAGUAAGAUCAACCUUGCCUUAAACAGUCAUCUGAAGCUGAGGGGGUUUUCUCUCUUAUACCGUCAUCGGCAAGUUGGAUCACUGGAUCUGGCCACACAGACCCUGAUCAGCAGGAUGGUGUCUGAUCUUGUGAAGGACCAUCCAGACAACUGGGAUGUCUGCCUCCCUGCAAAGGUGUUCAGCCUGUGUUUCAAGGAGCACCCCAAGACCAAGCAGAGACCUUUCUCUCUCCUGUGCUGCAAAGGACCACAGCCGGUCACCACCCCUAGGGAUCUGUCUUUCAGUCCUGCAGAGCUCAGAGAGAGUUCCUUUGCAAUCCAGUCAAAUCAAGAGGGUGGGCAUGACACUGAUCCGCAAGACAUGGUUGGUAUUGAAUCUGGAAAGGAAACCACUGGAAAGAGCACUAUUACCAGGGUCUCCUUUUUAAGGAGCAACACUGAGAGUAACACCACUGACGGUAACACAUAUGGUCACCCCGACGGUCUCACGGACAGUUGCAAGGACGGUCACCCGGACGCUAACCCCGACGGUAGCACGGACGCUAACCCCGACGGUAGCACGGACGCUAACCCCGACGGUAGCACGGACGCUAACCCCGAGGGUAGCACGGACGCUAACCCCGAGGGUAGCACGGACGCUAACCCCGAGGACGCUAACCCCGAGGACGCUAACCCCGAGGACGCUAACCCCGAGGGUAGCACGGACGCUAACCCCGAGGGUAGCACGGACGCUAACCCCGAGGGUAGCACGGACGCUAACCCCGAGGGUAGCACGGACGCUAACCCCGAGGGUAGCACGGACGCUAUCCCCGAGGGUAGCACGGACGCUAACCCCGACAACAACCGUAACACCAACAGUGAGCGGUCCUCUGAAGAACAUCAUGCCAUGGAAAACUGAAUAAUUGAUUGGAUGAGCGCUCUAUCGGGGGUGUAGUUUUUAUUUUAUCAUUUUGUUUAGAAACACUUGUCUUUUAUGGUUGUUUGGCUGGUGUACUGCGUCAUGAUUGUUACACAGGAGGAUGAUAUGAGUUUAUGAACCAACUGGAUCAAUUCAAUAUCAGUCAAAACAUCAUGCAUAGCAGCGUAGAUGAUGGAAUAGUUAGACGCUUAUCCUGAAAGCAAUUAUUUUUUCCCCCCCAGUAAAUGAAUCCAAACAUGCGUUAUUGUAGUACAUUAUUGUAGUAUAGACAUUUUCACCUUACAUUAUUGUAGCAUAUACUGUAGAUAUUUUCACCUUACUUGAUCUUGGAAAAAUCCACUUGAAUGCUCCUCCAACUGUUAAUUAGUAGUAGGAAAUGUAUCUAUCAUCCCUGAACUCUGACUUCUCCCACAUGCUGACCUCUGACGUCACGUACUAAGGAAAUUACUUCCAUUAACAGCAUUUUCGUCAGUUAAAUUCAACAAAACAUUAUUUAUCAAAAGCAAUCUUGUUAUUGUUUUUGUACACUUAUUUGUUUACAAUCAUGGUAGCUGUACAUUGUUUAUGGUUGACGCAGUUUGUUGGCCAUUGGCCAAUCGGCGAGUUCAAAGCUUGUGAAUGUAUCGAACUGGUAUUUACGACAUCCCAACUGGUAAAUACUACCUUCCCCAAUUGGUUAUGAACGCAGGAUUAUUAAAGUAAUGUUUUUUUAUGCCUUGAA